GGUUUAAAUGUAUUCAAAUAACCGCUUACGUGUUGGUUACACGUUUCCAUACCCAAGCAACAGGAAAACUAAACAGAAAUCUCUGGGCGUGCAGUCUACAACUGCAUGCUUUAUAACUGUUUGAGCGAACGCGUUAUUCACUUAUCUCCACCUCUCCAAUCAGUUGGAGUGAGUGACUCCUGAGUCUAUUCGCAGCUGCUCGACUGCCUCUCCACUCCGGAUUUGGCAAAGAAAGGAACAGCUGCUGUAACGUUUUAACAAUUUUGGAGAACGCGACCCGGGACAUGCUGUCAGACGGAGGGGAAUCGGUACACCACCAGCACCAGUAGAAUCAUGGCCGAGGACUACUGGGAGAGCACAGUGGCUUUGGGAUAUUAUUGUUAAGAUUACAAGGGCAUACGGGAAAGCCGCGUCCUCGGGCUGAUUGAACAGUGGCUGCCCCUCCUCCCUCUGCAUCUCGCCCCCCCCUGCCGCCGCUGAUGGACCGCAUGAGGAAGAUCAAACGGCAGCUGUCCCUCACGCUGAGGGGGGGCAACAACAGUGACAAGUCCCUGAGCGAGACCAUCAGCUCCCAGGACAACGCCCACAGCGACUCCGAGGCCAUGCCAGUGCGGGGCAGUGGCGGUGGCGGCGUGGGCGGGGGGAGUGUUGGCGGCCUGCGGGGCCCUGGGCGCUCGGCCGGCGGCUCCCUCAGCAUGCACUCGCUGCUGCAGUCUUACAGCAGCGCCCUGCGCAGGCCACGCAGCCUUGGCCGCAGCCUCAGCUCCUAUCUCAACCACGCCACACGCCUCGAGAUUGUCCAUGAAGAUGUGAAGAUCGGCUCAGACGGCGAGAGCGACCAGGCCUCGGCUACCUCCUCAGAGGAGGUGCACAGUCCAGUGCGCGUCCGGCUCAGGGAGAAACCUGGGCGCCAAAUCUCCAACGAGGACAUAAAUAAGCGCCUGUCGUUGCCAGCGGACAUCAGGCUUCCUGACGGCUACCUGGAGAAGUUCAGCCUGAACAGCCCGCUGUUUGACAAGCCCCUGAGCCGGCGGCUCCGAAGAGUGUCUCUGUCUGAAAUUGGCUUUGGGAAGCUUGAGACCUACGUCAAGCUGGACAAACUUGGCGAGGGCACGUACGCCACUGUGUAUAAGGGCCGCAGUAAGCUGACGGACGCCCUGGUGGCUCUGAAGGAAAUCCGACUGGAGCACGAGGAGGGGGCACCCUGCACUGCCAUCAGAGAAGUGUCUCUGCUGAAGGACCUCAAACAUGCCAACAUAGUGACUCUCCAUGACAUCAUCCACACUCAAAAGUCCCUGACGCUGGUGUUUGAGUACCUGGAUAAAGACCUGAAGCAGUAUCUGGAUGACUGCGGUAACUGCAUACACAUGCACAAUGUGAAGCUCUUCCUCUUCCAGCUCCUGCGUGGGCUGAACUACUGCCACAGGCGUAAAGUCCUCCACAGAGACCUCAAACCCCAGAACCUGCUCAUCAACGAGCGAGGGGAGCUAAAGCUGGCUGACUUUGGCCUGGCGCGGGCCAAGUCUAUUCCCACCAAGACCUACUCCAAUGAGGUGGUGACGUUGUGGUACCGCCCUCCAGACAUCCUGUUGGGGAGCACCGACUACUCAACCCAGAUAGACAUGUGGGGGGUGGGCUGUAUCUUCUAUGAGAUGUCCACGGGCCGGCCUCUGUUCCCAGGCUCCACGGUGGAGGAGGAGCUGCACUUUAUCUUCAAACUGCUAGGUACACCCACAGAGGAGACUUGGCCUGGAGUCACCUCCAAUGAAGAGUUCAUCUCGUAUAAUUACCCACGUUACCGCGCCGACUGUCUGCACAACCACACGCCAAGACUGUGUAAUGAAGGAGUGGAUCUUGUAUCCAAGCUGCUGCAGUUUGAGGGAAGGAAGCGCAUCUCUGCUGAGGACGCCAUGAGGCAGCCCUACUUCCACAGCAUGGGAGACAGAGUGAUCACACUGCCUGACUCUACAUCUAUUUUUGCACUUCAAGACAUUCAGCUGGAGAAGGAGCCAGGAAUGCGAACCAACUCCCUGUCAGACUCAGAGCUCUUACAGAGAUGCAUAAGGUUCCGGCACUCCUUAGUGAACAGCAUAUCUCGGCGGCAGAGCCUGCUCUUCUGAGUGUGGGGAAGCAAAGACGGGACACCAGUGUAAAGAGGAUGAGCCGAGACAUUUCCGCGCACGAUGAAGGGAUUCUAAUUUAACUUUGUACUUUUUUGUUUUGUUUUAUUUUUGUUGAUUUUCUGACUGUAAUUAUCUGGUCAUAUGGCAUUUUAGUGUGGAGGGGUUCACUAGAUGUUUACAUUUGAAAUGCUGACAUUGAUUGAUUUUUUUUUUUUCUUUAAUAUGAUAUGCACUUCUCUUCCUAACCAAGGUUUACCACUCCAGUCAUGCGGUCAUUGCAGUCCAUUUGUUUGGACAUUGUUGGACAAGGAGGGGGUUUUCCCCCACUCCUUCGAACAUUACAAUUCUGUCCUCACAAAUCCUAGAGGCCCAGAUAUGAACACUACAAUCUAGAGGACAAAAUGUUUAGACUAACCAGAAAGAAGAAAUCACAAGUCAAUCAAAGUAUUUAGCAAUAUCUCUGACAAUAGAGUAUGUCUCUUUUUCUUUCCUGUAAUCAGUAGUUAUUGUUUGAAUAUGAAGGAACAGAAAUGCUGGUGCAUCAUAUGGUUGUUGACGUUCCAGAGCUGUUAAGUGGAAGCUGAGUGCUCUGAAGGUGGGGGGACGCCUCAUAUCUGUCUUCCACUAUCCUUUCGCUGGUCUGAUACUCGUUUGUUCCCCUUCCCUCCCUCCCUUCCUUCCGACCUCCUGGCCCAAAGUGCACCUGCAACUUUCACGACACCACCCGACUGCCAUUUUGGAACAGCAUUUUUCUGUUGGUCAUCUAUCUGCCAAAUUUACAAUUUUACAUCACUUUGUUUUUAGCUCAACAGAGCCCUGCUGGUCUGUCCCACAGCAUGUAUCCUGUCUACAAUUUUUCUGGACAUUGUUUUCAUUCUUUCAUAACGUUUACCUGUCUUGUUUAGUGUUUUUGUUUUGGAGGAGGUUAAAACUCAAUGCUUGGUCUGUCUACACACCCACUCUCUCUCUCUCUCUUUCUCACACACACACACACACACACACACACACACACACCACAUGGUCGCACCAAGACUUGCUCUGAAGUUCGCUGUGAUCCACUGACUCCCACUGCACUCUGUAACUGUUGUGCUUCCACCAAGCGCCCACAGCAAUAGCCUGCGUCCGCUUCGAGGCUUUUAGGGCUGCAGGGAGUCUGCUGAGGACUACUCAGCCAGGGACAGGAAUGGGAUCAGGGCCUGUUCCCAACGUUCAGGGCCUGUUCCCAACGUUCAAGGCCUGUCGGGAUCAGGGCCUGUUCCCAAUGUUCAGGGCCUGUCUGUGAUGACUGCGGGUGGUGCAACUUGAGGGGGGGAGGGGUGGGGGGGGAUGCUCAGUCUCAGGAUGUACCAUCCCAUGUGCAUUAUGUCUAGAGUCCAGUACGUCCAGUUGACCCAAAUUGGUCUAAUAACGAGUCAACGGUCAAAAAGAAAACCAAAGUCAAAAAGCUUCAAUACUGUUGUCCCUGCGCAGCCCUUUGUUAUCGGCGCUCAAUACUACUGUCCAAGAACCCCCCUUGAUUGCCACAUCGGUAGGGAUAGGUACUGUGUUUAUUUGUAACUUUGUAAUGUUUUUAGAAGGCAGGUUUUCUACAGAUGGUCAUUUUCAGUGUGUGAAUCCUAGCAUUUUAUGGAGCCCCUUGAACCUGCGUUUAGUUUGGUGUGAGUCGUGAUCCCAUUUGAUGGUGUGUGUGUGUGUGUGUGUGUGUGUGUGUGUGUGUGUGUGUGUGUGUGUGUGUGUGUGUGUGUGUGUGUGUCUCAAUGAGGGAAAUGCGAAAGUGCAUGGCAAUGUCGUAUCGUGGAAGACUGUGGAACGUUGUAAAUAGCCUUAGAAUGUUUUUUGCUGAACAGAACAGAAUACUGUGCAAUGAGAGGAACCUCUAAACAAAUAUGUAAUUGAAUAAGGAUAUCAUUUUUGUUAUACUUAUAUCAUUGAUGAUGUUGUGUUAUUUUUUUAAAGAGGAAUCCUUAACGGCUGUAGAUAUAUAUAUAUUUUGUUUUUGCUAGUGUUCUUCCAAUGGUGAAAGUCACCGUACUUUUAUGUAAGCUUUCAUCAGGAGUUCUGCAUUGGAAUGCGUCAUCAUGGAAGGGCUCAUAAACUGGCCAAUAGCAGUUGUGGAGUUAACCUCCCCUCCCGUCCUGUACUGUAACGCAAUAACUGUUGAACUACGCAAUAACCAGUCAUUUGUACCGGAACCUUCCCCAGAUUUGCAGUGAACCUAAGGCUUUGAUACACUAAAAUAACACCAUGUCACAGACAACCGGACCCUACACAGACAGAAUGAAUGCAGCCAGCAACACAAACAAAACCUUCAGUCUUUUUUUUAAUAUAUACAUAUUGAGUAGUCUGUUUUACAUUUGAUUUAGAAAGGUUUUGCUUUUUUUUUUUUUUUUUUUUAACUGCAAGGAAAUGAAAAGUACUGAGCCAAUACAAGGUCAAUUCUUGAAGUUUUCAAUAUGGAUAAAAUGGGGUUGUUUCUCUUGUAAAGUGAGAGAUUCAGGGUUCAGUCUGUAUGACACGCAGUCAGUAUUAUUUGAGGAAAUAACAUCUUUGUUCAGUUGCCUAUCGCUUUCAAGCUGCUUUGUGUAGCUCUGUAAUAUCCCAAUGGCAUUGUGUGUGUGUGUGUGUGAGUGGGUGAGACGAUGAAAGCAGGGAGGUGUGCAUGAAUAUAUUGUGUAAAUUUGCAAACUCUGUACAUAUGUAUAGUUUCAAAAAUGGUACUCACACACAUAGCAAAGCAAUAUCUGAUGUAGAUUACAAGCACAUUUCACUUUGGGCAGUUCUUCAGUGGCUGACGCCUUUCUCAGUCAGUCACCCAGGCUUCUCCUGUCGUUCAUCUAAAGGACUUUUACACACAACGCAGAUUCUCUCUUCCUGCCAGAUCAAUGGCUUUUCACUGAAUGAACCUGUGUGGUUAUCUUUGGUAACUAAACACUUUUAAACAAAAAGUUCAUUUCAGAGAGAAUUCUGAAUGCAAGAGCUACUCCUACAUAGUUUUAUACGGCAAUAGAUCAUCAUAUUCCCCAAAGCAGGUUUUAUUUCUUCUGAGUAAGAGCACUGAUGUGAAUCGUAUGAUGUGAGCAAAAGAGCUGCGUUUACUGUGAGGGAUAUUGCGAGUGAUGGCUGUCGGGUGGAAAAGAAAUGAAGUUACAAUAAUUAUGACUUGACCGACUGUUGUACAAACUAACAUGGCUGCGUUGAAUCCCACAGAACUGACCAUCACUGUCACCACCCAGAAAUAAAAGUGACAUUCAGAGGCAUAUUUACACCGACACAGCUGGAACUGCUAUGUGUGUGCAGUUGGCAUGAAUCAGGAGAAUUGUGAAACCAAUUUCAGGCAAUACAAUCGUUGGCCAAAA